CAGUGCGCAUGCUCCGCCUCUGUUGCUACUCAGUUGUUGUAGUUACCAGGAAGAUUAACCGCGAUGAUCAACUGGCCCUGGUGACAGCAGCUAGUUAGCCGUUAGCAGGCUCCAUGGAAAUAAAAGAUGCGGUGGUAACAUUUUGAUCCCAGGGAGAUUUUAGCAGGCAGCCCUUCUUCUGCUGUGAACAUGCCUGCCGUGAUCCGGGAUAAAGAGGACUCUGAAUCCUCCUCAGAAGAUGAGCAAGAAGACCAUCCUUGCAUUGCAUGGAGUGGCCUCAGCAGGACGAUCCCAGUUCUCUUGUUCGUCCCUGAAGCUGCUGUUUCUAAAGAUGGGAAUAUCUGCUCAGUUGGAGAGCGAUAUAAUAUGGCCUUCAAGAUUGUGCGCACAGAGAGCCGCCUGGUACGAGGAAUACUCACCAAUCAUGGAUUCCAUGAGGUUCACCCGAACAGCAAUGACUUUAACCUCAUGUGGACGGGAUCUCACCUAAAGCCUUACAUACUACGCAGCCUUCAAGACUUCCAGAAGGUUAACCACUUUCCAAGGUCAUACGAAUUGACGCGCAAAGACCGGCUCUAUAAAAACAUCCAGCGAAUGCAGCAGACCCAUGGCUUCAAAAACUUCCAUAUUGUUCCUCAGACCUUUGUGCUUCCCUCUGAGUACCAGGAAUUCUGCAGCUGUUUUGCCAAGGACAAGGGCCCAUGGAUAAUUAAACCAGUAGCAUCUUCAAGAGGACGGGGCAUUUACUUGGUUAGCAAUCCAAAUCAGAUUUCGAUGGAGGAAAACAUCUUGGUGUCUCGCUAUAUCAGUAACCCUCUACUGAUUGAUGAGUUCAAGUUUGACGUGCGCUUAUAUGUGUUGGUGACGUCGUAUGAUCCGGUUCUCAUUUAUGUGUAUGAGGAAGGCCUGGCUCGCUUUGCCACAGUCAAGUACGACCGGACUUCAAAGAACAUCAAGAACACAUUCAUGCAUCUCACCAACUACAGUGUGAACAAAAAGAGCAGCGAUUAUGUCAGCUGCGAUGACCCUGAAGUUGAGGAUUAUGGGAACAAAUGGAGUAUGAGUGCAGUGUUGAGGUAUUUGAAGCAGGAGGGAAAGGAUACCACAUUGCUAAUGAGGCAAAUUGAGGACCUCAUCAUCAAAGCCGUGCUGAGUGCUGAGCUACAGAUAGCCACCGCCUGCAAGAUGUUUGUUCCCCACAAGACAAACUGCUUUGAACUCUAUGGUUUUGAUGUGCUCAUUGACUCCAACCUCAAACCCUGGUUGUUAGAGGUGAACCUUUCUCCCUCCCUGGCCUGUGAUGCCCCUUUGGAUCUGAAGAUAAAGGCCAGCAUGAUCGCAGACAUGUUGUCACUUGUGGGCUUUGUGUGUCAGGACCCCCUGUCAAGACAGCCACGGACUGACCGAGGAACCGUGGACAAGCACCCGGCAACCCAGAGAACACAGAAACCUUUUUCUGCACCGACAGCCACUACACACAGCAGAGUGCGUCAGAGGCCCACAUCAGCCAGUAACUCAGAAACAGAGGGAGUUAAAGACAAGCAAGGAGCCAAACACAGCCAAGGAGACAGCACUCUGAGCAUGACUGCUGAGGAGAUCAAAGUACUGAGGAGGAUACAGGAGGAGUAUGAGAGACGAGGAGGAUUUAUUAGGAUCUUCCCCACUGCAGAUACAUGGGAGCUCUAUGGUGGAUAUCUGGAAUCCAAGACAUCAAUGAACUUCAUGUUGGCAAACAGACUUUUCCAUGGAAGGAAUGUGAAUGGGAAUGUGCAGCUGCAGGUGGACACAGUCCAUGGCUGUCAUGUUGUCCAGUAUGAGAGGAAGCUGCUGUCUCUGGAGGCACGAGAGAGGAGACAGCGCCACCUGACUCAUCGCUCUGCUGCAGGGAAGAAAAGAACGGGGAAGGAAUCCAAGGCCUCCCCGACUGAGAACAGCAGUCAGGAGGGAGAGGAGUGUGCUCAGGAGGAAAGAGAGGAGGUGAAACAAGUUCUUGAGCCAGUCUCCCACAAGGCUUUGGUAGCAGAGCAAAGAAAACAAGUGGCCACACCACUGGAGCGCUGCCACAGUGAGUCUCUGUCCAGCUCAGAGGCAGCCAUGCACAAUGCCAGGCCCCAAGUCAACCUGCUCAACAUCCUUCAGCAGGGGUGGGAACUCAGUAAAGUGCAGGCCCGGAUUGCUUUUUCCUCUUACCUGCAGCGAGUCCAGCAAAGGCUAUUAGCAGAGAGCAGAGCCAACACCAUCCCAGCUUGGCCAGACAAGGACAACGACCAAAUGGAGCUGGUGAUUCGCUUUCUGAGAAGAGCAGCCAGUAACCUUCAACAAGACAUAAAGGUAGUCUUGCCUAGUCGCCAGUUACCAUUGCAAGACCGCAGACGCAUUCUGUCCCACCAGCUGGGGGAAUUUAUCCACUGUUAUAACAAGGAAACUGAACAUAUGGUGAAAAAACAGGAAAAUAGCAAAGAGGAGCAUUGUGUUAACUCAAGAGUGUUUCAAGAGUACAUCACUGCAGCGAGUGAAAAUGAUCUGGAGGAAAUACUGACAUUCUAUACGCAGAAAAAUAAAUCGGCAACCGUCUUCCUAGGAACAAAAGUCCGAAGUGUUAAGAAAGAUGUUCAUGAAGUAAAUGUCUUAGGAGAUCAAGCUCUGCCUGUGGCCAAAGAAGAUUCCAGUGCUUCAGAGUCCUCGCUCUCCACCGGGAAAGUCAGCACUGACCCAGACAUGAAGGCCACUGAGAGUCAGCCUUCUGUCCGCAUGUUGCCUGAAGACCGUCAGGCAGAGGUUAGGACUGGUAAAACUCAGCCAGAUGUCCAGUCGUCUCAGCACUGCUCCAGUUUUCCCGUGACUUUAGACUGCACGCGCAUCAGUCUGCAGCACUGCUCUCCUGCUCCAGCAUCCCUGCCUCUGCACUGUCCGCCACCUCCGCCACCCCCUCAUCCGCCGUCAUAUGCACAGUCCUUGGCAAAAUCUUACUUCUGCCACUCUGAGACUCUUUCUGACCCUCCUGCAUACACCUCUGCUCCUGUGAUCACACAACCUCAGAGAGAGAUGGGGACAGCUACAUCCACAGGCUCAACAGGGACAUCAACCCAGGUGCUCAGAAGGAUUCAUUCCUUUACCUUGUCCCAUCCAUCAGCCUCCUCCAUCCCAAGUGCCACGCACAUCUAUAGCCAGAAGCUCUCAAGACCCACAUCGGCAAGCCAAGUGAUCAAGAAGAGCAGUUCCAGUAAGCUCAAGUCAAACUCAGUGGGUGCUUUCAGGGAGUUAAACUCUCUGUCUGCUCAGGCCCAGUCUAACCAGCAGGCCUUCAUCUCAGCUCUGCAGAAGCUGGCUGACAAGCAGGUUACUCGCCACUGUGCCAGUUCCAGUCACAUCAACCUGCUGACACAACACUUGACCAACCUGAACUUGGCCAACAGGAUGCUGGGCAGAGAGAGUUUCACACUCAAUCCCAAAGCUUUUACAACCCAAGGGCCAGUGAGAGCUGUUCACUCUGGAACAGAUCUGCAAAGCGGCACUAGCCACAGGCCACUGAAGGAUGAGGAGGGCCUCUGGGAUGGGCAGAUGGAGAGUGCCUACAACCUGGUGACGGGAGUGAACCCCAAGCAGCGCUACCAGCCCACCCAGGGAAGCUACCAGCUCCAGUUUGCUAUUCAGCAGCUGCAACAACAGAGACUGAAGUCUCAUCAGUUUCUGGACCAGAGUCACUGCAGACACAAGGCUCAAUUUCCAGAUCAGACAAGUGCUCCACACACCCAUGCUCCCAUGAAACCAUCCAGCUGCCCUCCAUCCGGCUUUCAUGCUCGGCCCAAUCACAGCCACAGUCACAGCCACAUCCAGACCUGCAUCAGCCCAGCUCUCGCUCCAAAGCCACCCAGCAGCGCCCGCGAGGGUCAAAUCAGGAAAACAGCAACAAAGCGCCUCAUCAAACAGCCGUCCUCAGAGAGUUCAGCCAUUGGAAGCGUGUCCAGCGGCCAGCAGGUGGUCUACGAGGCCAUCUGCGGUAAAACAGGGUGCACAGGGUGGGGGACACGCUUCACUCUUGACUUGAAAAAACCCAAACCAGUUAGCAGGGCAGGUUUAACCAUGCAUUGAGAAUAGGGACAGGGAGUUGAACAGAGACUCACUGUGGUGUUUGGUAGGGGGAAGGGGGGUGUUAUUAGAAGGGGCACAGCCUUUGUGGAGCUUAGAAGUGCAUCAGGUCUUUCUGCCUGCCCAGUGUACCUUUGUAGCAAGAUGACUGAGCUGCCCUGAUUGGCUCUGACAGGCAGUUAGAGCGAGUCCAAAUGGAGAGCAUUCUCUAUGAUCAGCUGUCAGCCGUCAUUAAUCACACUCCGCCUUUAUCUCUCUCUUGUGCGCUCUCCUAAUCUCUUCCUCUGUCUGCUCGUACAACUACCCCUUUAUCCCCUGAAAACUUUUCCUGCUCACCCACUCACCCGCCCGUCGCAACUUCUUCUUCUUCUUCUUCUGUGUUGAUUUUUGACAUGACAUGAGGGCAGGAUUUUGAUGAGGACCCACCGAAGCUUACAGAACCAGAUUAUAUCGGCCACGUGUUUUACAAUGCCUCCCUUGAAGUUUCCUUGAAGUUCUCAGGGCUCCACAGUUGGUGACUGUGAGGAGAUUUAUUGCCCGAGUUUGAGAGGGAAAUGAAUGCUGCACUUGUGCCAUUUUAAUGGGAGUCUGAUCAUGUCAGGACGGAUAGCUUUGGCCUCUCUCUAUCAAAAUAAGACUCUGUGGUGUGUUAUUGGGAAAGGAGGGUAGUUAUUGGCCGACAUCCCUUUUUCAGAGGAAUUAUGUAACUUACUGGAUGUUUGAUUUGUCACUGAGUCACUCCCUUAAACUGUAUUUGUGUAGGUAAUUUAUUAGUUGAUAAAGUUAGGUGUAUGUUGUUAUUAUAGUACUUGAAUUUUUGAUGCAGUAAAACACAGCAUUUCAAAGUGUUCUUUCAUAACUAAUUACAGGCUAGUUUACUGUUUGUGUCCCUUGUUGUAUCACCGUUUUAGUGUCAUUUGGAGUGCGAUGCGUUAGCGAAUAUUGCUCCUUUUUAUCUUCCCUGUGCUGAGCUGGAGGAAGCCACUUCCAGCGGUCAUGUCAUCGGAUUGGAAGUCGGGGAGAUGUUUUCGUUUUCCAGCUCAGUCAGGCCCCACAGUGUAAAAGAGCACCAAAACAAACAGUGUGCAGAGAGGGAAUGAAAGGGAAUACUGUUUGGGAGCACAAACACGGCAGCUCUAACUCUACUUGGAAUGCCUUUUCUACUGGAUACCUGGCUGAGUGCCAGGCGAUAGGAUGAGGGGGCGAGGGGCCUGAAAGUGGAGGAACAGUCAGACAAAAGACGAAGAAGUGAGCUGACUGGGCAGAUCAGCUGGUGACCACCUUGACCACGAAUAAUUAUCUACAGAACAUUCACCACAGGGGUUUUCGGAUUGGUCAUAAACAUUUCUAUUUGCGCACACAGAUGGAGGACCUUUGACAGCCUUUGUACGUCUUUGUGAUUUUCUUUUCGUGUGUUGUGCGCCAGGUCUUUCUAUGUACCACAAGCUGUUCCAGGGCCAGGAGCCGGCUCACAGAUGACACGAAGGCGACCAGAGGCACGUCCUGCCACUUUGCAGGCCUGACAGGUGUCUCUGCAUGUAACUGCAUCUCACAGAGGUGUAUUCUGGGAAAGGACAACAGAUCAAAGUAUGCCAAACAUUGAACCGGGUCCUAUUAAUUUCUCUGUGAUACAGCCACAGACAUGCCAGGGGAUAGUCUGCCAGGCCAGGAAUGCCCAGCUUUGACGCAGGUUGGGAUUUUGUUGCGCGGCUCCUCCCUCCCUGCCCCCCCCCCCCUUUCUCUCUCCUCCUCCUCCCCCCUCAUCGCCCUUGGCUACAAUCAGUCUAUAUCCCGACAGUUGCCCGCCCUCAUUCUCUCCAUGCUAUUGAUGCCACAGGAAGAUUUCACUGACAGAUAGCCUUCAGCAGAUGGCUCUUCAAGCCCUGUUGGUAUUUUAACUGCAGGAUUCAGCGCUUCAUUCUUUGCUCAGGCAGUGGCAUGUGCACCCCCGGCCAUACAUGUAGAUUGUCCUUUUUUGAAUACAGGUGAGAUGGGGGGGGUUUGGUAAGGAGAGAUUUCAGAGGAGUUUUUGACAAGUAUUGUGGAGGCUGCCUGAGCAGCUUCUCAUCUUACUGUGGUGAAUAGCGAACGUGCAGCGGAGCGACUUUCAUGUGCGACUCACAGCAUUAGAUGUUCUCACUCCUUGUUGGAAGCCAAACACCUGCCAAAUCAGACUCUCUGCCCUUCACCUAAGGAUGUGUUAAAGUAUAUCAUCCUUUUUCUUGUAGGCUUAAUGGGGAAAUUCUGAUUGUUAAAGCUAAUACAUGAUUGGUUGUUGCCUUGUGUCCUAUUUACAGGGACGAUGUGACACUGUUGCGGCGAUGUUUAAUGUCAAGAGUGCAGUCAGCUUAUGAAUAUUACUGUAAACUUUUGAGAUGUUGAUAUUGUUUCCCUUGGAUGGACCAAAUUCAAAGUUCUUGUUUUGCUCAGUAACUUAUUAUCAUUGCAUCAGUAUUUAUGUACUGUACAAUGUCCAUCAUAAGGUCUUUUUGACCAUUUCUGUAGCUCAAAGCAUAACAUUAAGAUGAACUAUGGUUAUGCACAGACUUAUAAUGAUGGUUAAUGCUGCACCAGCAGGCUAAUAUCCUUCUGUAUAUUCUGUUCCUUGGGACCAUAUAGUGAGUUUGCUCAGGGCGUGUUUAUAGACUAAAAUAUCUGUUUUAUGUCAGUACAUUCACCAUAUGUUUAUGAUGACUUUGUCUGAAAUACUUGAAUUUUGUGCAUGAUUUUCUCAUUUCAACUGACGAUUAUCAUGAUUGUGAUUUUGCACAGAUUGUAGUUUUCAAUGCAGUACAACAGAACUUUAAAAAUACAUUGAUAGUGGGUGUUUUUGUAAUGUGCGAUCAAUGCUAAACUUCAUGUUGUGGAUUUAUUACUGCUAAGGCCAGUGCAUGCUGUAUUACUCCAACAGCAGAGUCCAAAUCAAUGUGUGUAAUCUACUGUGGUGGUACAACGUUGUUUACAAUGUUGUAACUUGUGUUCCUUAUUGUUUACAAUAUACAUGCAUGGAAAUGUAAUAUUUUUGGGACCAUUUAGGCAGUUUGUAGCAAACAACAUUGAACUGAAUGCCUUGAAAAUAUUAAAAUAUGACAACUGUGUCAAUAAAUGUUUUUGCUCAUUUCUUCAA